AUUUGAAACCUCGAAGAUUGGUUUUGAUACUGCAGCCUGUUUGACGAUUCUAAAAUAGCAAUUUUUUUUUUCUUAAAUCUUUCCAUUUUUUUUUUUUCUUAAAUCUUUCCAUUAUUUGCAUAGGCUUGUCUAAGGCUGGUCCAUAUUGACUAUAUAAAUUUACUCAUAUAUAUAAAAAAUUUUUUUUUUUUAAUAAAGAAAUCGCAUGUCUUGACAUUUGUAUGUAAGUUUACCCUGACGAGAGGAUCAUCACCAGUUUGCACUCUAUUGUGUUUGGAAUACAGUGGUGUACCCAGGAAAUGGCCAUAGGUGUUGUACAUGGUUUUCGUGAAAUUGAUUUUACUGAUUGAUACCUGCUGGGUGCUGUAUUUGUAUUUUUGACCCAUGUGUUGUGAACUUUUGGAUAUGAUUUUUUUAGAACAACACACAUCAUAAUGGUAUUUCCACAGGCUUGGAUGGAAGACAGUAAUCGACCUUUGCAGUCAAACUCCAAAAACAUCCCAAAUGUUUUAGACAUCAUCACAUAUCAAGAGAAUGUACCACCAGCUAAUGUCAGUUGUUAUUUACGGCUAUCUCCAACAUCCUCACUAAACUCAUCAGUUGAAAGUUCAAACCCUUGUGAUUCUCGUGAUGUAGCAAUUAUAAACAGGAAUCUGAAACUAUAUCGUGCAGCCACAGCAAGGCCAAUGUGUUGCACAACAGGUGCAACAACACCACAACCGAAGAGAAUGAUGACAUCACCUGAGAUAUUACUUUCUACUCGGCGUUUUCCCAAAGCUUUAGUUGUUUAUGGAGAAUCUCUGGCUAAGGAGCCUUAUUCCAUAACUGAAUACCAAAAAAGCAAGAUGCAUUACUAUCAAAGUGCAUCAGUUGAAUCACAGAAUAAAGGAAUCACUAACAACUACAGAAAUAUUGCAGAGACAUGUUCAACCAUUGCAACGUCUCCCACACAAGUCAAAAAGAAAUUUCAAGAUUGGUCUGAGAACAGUAAGAAGAAACAGAAAGAAACCUUCAGCUGCCCCACAACUAGAUGGGCCUUGAAAAAACCGCCUGCAAACGAUAGUAGUGGAAGUAUUGAAAAUGGUGUUCCUCUUAACAUUCCAACAAAUCUGAUGGAGAAUAUGAACAAAAUCUAUGAGAGUAUUGAUACAGAUGGGUUGUUGAAAGUGAAUCUGACUGACCCCACUGUUGUAAGAGGCAUAACAGACGAAAUGAUACUAAAGCAGAAUGCAGAGAUGAGGCCUUCUUUUACAGCAGCCCCACCAACAUCACCAAGAGGAAUCUCACCUACAUUUUCUGAGAGAAAUUCUCCUACAAACAACAGGGAAAUUUCUUAUGCAGUUUUACAAAAUGAUAAUACUCUAGUGCUUGAUGCUUCCCUUAAAAAUGGUUCUGUCUUAAAUAUAUGUAAAGAGUCUUCCCCAGCACCCUCUCUUUGUUCUAUUUCUUCUUCUUCUUCAUCUUCUCCCCUUUCAUCUCCUGUUCCUAUUAAGCUUAAAACCUGUACAUUGAGAGAGACUCCCAAAAGUAAUAAAUUUUUUUGUGAAAUCUCUUCUAAGGGUUUGUCAACCUUUAAUGAUGUCCAUCACAAAACUGAAUCAUGUGUUAACACGAGACCUGUACAACUUCUCUGCACACAUUCUGGCAGACUAAUGCACACAGCAACCUUAAUAAAGAAAAAAUCAUCAAAUUCCAAAUCUCAGUUAGGAGAAAAAUCUUUGAAUUCCAAUUCUAAUUCAAAACAGCGAGUAUUCCUCCGAAGAACUGAUUACAACCCUAUACAAAUGAUUUAUGACCAAGAGACCAGUAAUUCAAGUCCUAAAAUAUCUUCUGCAGUUACUCCUCACCUGCAGAAGUAUUUCAUCAAACUUUGCGAGAAACAAGAAAGGAUGCAUGAAGAAAAAUAUACCCAAGCUGCUAAUGUGUCUCCCCAUUCAGAUCUGGAAUCACAGAGUGUUUAUAAGACAAUAAAAACAGUGGAAUUUGAUAUGAAAGGUCCUCAAGUGAUUGUUGAGAAAAUGCUGAUUGGACAAAACCAAAGGAAACUUCAAAGACCCCAAACAACACAAAACACAACAAAUUUUAAGGCAUUCAGAGCAAUGAAGCAGCGCCCUCACAGUGGACCAUCACAGAUUCUGUUUAAACAGAAAGACUCCAAACUGCAGUCUAUCUUACCUGAGGUUCAAGAAGUAAAAGGAAAGGAAGAAUUUGUAUCAAGUGUAUUCCAUCAGAGUGGCAGUAUGUACAGUAAAUUAGAAAGCACUGGGUAUCAUCACACUGACCAACCUCGAGUCAGUUCUGAAUUAGAGGAAGUUUUGAACAAAAGUGGUGACCACACUGACCAUUUCAAACUUUGGCCUGAGAGGGAGAAAACCUUGGAUAUUGGUGACCAACACACUGAUCCAACUAAACACAAACUAGAAGAAGAGAAAAUACAAAACAACAGUAGUUCUCAUACUGCUCUGUCCAAAAUUAGACCAGAGAUUGAGAAAACUGAAAAUAUUAGUGACCAGUUCCUUUGGAGGUCAGAGAAAGUUUUGAAUAAAGACAAAAUUACUGAUCAGUCCAACAUCAGGCAAGGAGUAGAAAAUGACUUGAACAAAGUUGAUAUUCAUUCUGAUCUACCUAAACUCAGGCCAGAAAUAGAGAGAAUCUCAUGUAGAAAUGUUUCACACACUGAUGGGAUAGAGGAGGAGGAAAUAUCAAAGAAUGAUUAUCAUAAGAAUGAACAGUCUAGAGAAGAACUAGAUAUAAGGAAAGACCUGGACUGCAGUGAUGAUCAGAAAGACCUGACUAAAUUGAGACCAGAAACUGAAGGAAUCUCAGCCAGUAAGGAUAAUGACCAGAUAAAUCUGACGCCAAAUACAGCGAAAGUAUUAAACCAUCAGACUGACCAAACCUUGGCUGAACUCAACCCAGAAGUAAAGGAGAUUCAAAACACUGAUCAUGUUAAACUUGAAGUGGAAGAAGACACAGAAGUUCUUAAUGUCAUUAAUGUCAAUAAUAAUUCUAUUUCCCAUUUUGACCAUGAAGACUUCUUAUUAGAGAGGGAAAACAUCCUAAAUAAUUCUACCCACAACAUCGAUCCCACUAUACCCAAAUCAGAAACAGAGGUAAUGCUAAAUAAUAAUAUACCCCACACUGAUUCUGUUAAAUCUAAACCAGAGACAGAAGUAAUGCCAAGCAGUGAUACCCACAAUACAGCCUGUGAUUCAAAAAUCGAGGUGUCAUCAGAUGACAAUGAUCACAGCACUGACCCUAUUAAAUUGACUUCAGAGACAGAAGUAAUGCCAAAUUGUAAUGCCCACCAUAUUGAUUCUGUUGAAUCAAAACUAGAAAUAAAAGUAAUACCAAAAAAUAAGAUUCACAACACUGUCCACAGUAAGCCUAUAUCAAAAGCAGAAAUAACUCCAGAUUGCAAAGACCACAGUUCUGACCCAACUAAAUCUGGUUCCAACAGAAAAGAAAUACCAAAUUAUAAUGCCCAUCAUAUUGAUUCUGCUAAGAUAGAACCAAAAAUAGAAGUCUCAUUAAAAGCUAAAGUCAACAAAACUGUCCCUGGUAAACCAAGAUCAGGGAGAGAAGUAACAACAAACAGUGACCCAGCCAAUUUUAGAUCUGAGGUGGCACUAAAGCCUCAUCAAACCCACAAAGUUCACUUCAGCAAUCAUAUAGAAGAGAUAAGUGGAGAAGUACCUCAGUUUACUGAGUCUGAAAUAACUACAUCUGGAAUAUUAAACAAAAAUGUUGGUAAUCUUCAUUCUGAGAGUGAGUCUUCUAAUGAGCUGAAAACAAUUGAUCCUUUGAGAAUUUCUAAUACUAAUGAAGCUAAAAUUACCUCUGCCUCUAAAGUUAAUAAGAAUCAUCAUACUAACAAAAAUUUAGAAAUGCCUUCAGACAAAAGUUUUCCUAUAAUUAAUCAAAACAAAAAGAACUCACAUUGGUCUGAAAAGGCGUCACAGGUGACAUUUUCUAACAACAGAAAAUCAAAUAAACAAGAAAUUUCAAAAGAAAAUUCUGUGAGUAGCUGUAAUCAAAAGUCAGAUUUGGGGUUGACUACUGAGAAACUGGAAAUAAAUAAGGAAAAUAUCAACAAUCAUACUUCGUCUUUUUCACCCUGUAAAAGAGAGAAAUUGUCUUUGACCCAAGAUCAAACAUGUCAUCUGAAUUCUACUUCAGAGAGUUUUCCAGGUGUAAGUUCUCCAACAAAAAAUCACUUUAAAUCUAAGGAAUAUGUGGGUGAUGCAGAGGUGACUCAUCCCAAACCAAAGGAUUCGCAGGUUGUUGAAAAUCAAGCUUGCAUUGGUGAAGAGACUAAAGACUGUGAGAAAUAUGCUCAAAAAAGUUCAUCUAUCAAAGUAAAUUUCAUUCCCAACAAUUUCACAGAGACUUCAAAGGAUACACAUUUAGAAAAGAAAGAUUCCACCUCAAAGUCAGAAAGGUUCCUCCCUGAAGAUGGUGCUAGUGUUACACAGACAGUGAACUCUUGGAAGCCCUUUCCAGUUAACAGACCCUACAGCAGUGUCCUAAGCUAUCAAAGGGAGCCGAUAUCCACUGCAUUAGUGCCACCACCUAAACUGAGGACAAAGAAGCGAUCAACCUCCUCAAAAACAUCUAAAUCUGGUAAACCUCAGAAAAGAAAGUCUGGGAUGGACAUUAAACCAUUAGUGUUCACAUCUGUUCAACAACAGGAACCCCAAGAUGACAAUGAUUAUGAGUGCAUAAAGAUUUCUGAUGAAUUACGUGACAAAGGUGUCAAUGUGUCAUGGACAGUGCUAAGAAGAAGCCUUUAUCCUCCUACUGGCCGACCUUUACAUUAUGCAAUGGAAGUUGACACAAAAAUGUUUCCAGAAUCUGAUUUAUUAAGUCACCCAAAAAGCUGGCUUCCUAAAGAAUUCAAUGCUCUGCAAAAGGUUGUUAAAAAAUUGAGACAGGCAAACCAGUAUCAGAAGAGGCAAGGAAAAUCUGAAACUAAGAAGAGUAAACAAUCUGGUAGCAAGCAGAAAAAAACAAAGAAGAAAAAGAAGAAAUAAAAAUGGGAAGUUGGAUUAAGAGGGGUUGUGCCUCUUGACCAUUGCCAUCUCCCUUCCUUCUUUUUCACACAUGAUGGAAUCAUUGAGGAUCGGGUUUGAUUUCAACAUCUGCUGUUGAACAUUUGUAGGGAAAACAUGGGAGGGAAUUCUGUUGUGGUAGCAGCUAUAGUAGAGAAGGAUUGUGUUAAACUGUUUAAUAUAAGAUUUGGAAGGGAUGUGACAUAGGAAAAAGUGGUAGGUAUAUUGAGUGAACCUGGCGGAAAGAGGUGCAUUCAGCUAAAUAAUUCAGAAGAUUUUGCAGUAACAGUAGAAGAGGCAGAGGGAAUAAGAAAUGCAUGUGAAUUAGUGUGGUAAUGUUAAAAUGGUCUUCAUUUGCGUGAAUUUUGUCUGUGUGUAACAGCUGUAUUGUCCCAGAACUCAGAAAUACUCCUAUGUGGAAUUUUAUUUUAACUUUGUUGUAAGUUAACAAUGGCUCACUAGAUAAAUAUUUCCAGGCUCUGAAGCAGAACCUUUGUGAUAAAGUUUUGGCUAUAUUUUACACACAUACACACAUGCAAAUAUAUAUAUUUAUUGGGAAUCAUCAUAAGAGAUCAAUAAAAAUUUUAAAGUUUGGUAAAAAUAUAAAUGAUAUAAAAUAAAAUGUAAUUUUAAAAAAAUGAUAUCCUUUUGUUAAGAUGAAGCGUAAAUAAAUAAAUAAGUAAAUAAGGAAAUAAACUGAAAACAGAAUUUUCCAGAAGAAAUAAAAUUUGAAAUUCUGCUGUUCACUGUUAUAAAUAUUUUUUUUUUUUUAUUUUCCAUGGUGUCAUCAAUGGCUAAAUCAACAGAAUAUCUAACAACCACCCAAAGAGUCAGCAGUUCACUUCCUGCCAUUGUCACUACAACUAAGUACCACAGAAAGGGAUAGUCAACCUUUUUUUUUUUUUUUUGAAAAGCGGGUAGCAUGAGACAAGGCUCAUCAUUAGGCAGGCUGUACCACUAAAACAAUGGAAGAUAAAGUUAACCCAUGACUGGAGUUGUCCCUUGAUAUAAAAUAGCAGAAAAAUUGUAUAAUUAACAGGUGUUUUGUUGGCUUCUAAUGUAAGAAUGAAAAGUUUUUGCAUCACAUACAUAUAAAACACAUAAUAUAAUAAAAGCAUAUGUAUGUAUACACACUCAUAUACAUACACAUACACACACACAUUGAGUACCUUCAUUGAUUGGAGUUGACUAUGUAUCUGCACCUGUACCUUGUCUAGAGCCACAAGAACAAUGUACUUUUUUAUUUCCUGUCUCAGAUUCGAGUUCGCUAUGUUGAUGCUGUCAAUAAUGUCUAAAAGAGAAAGAGAAAAGCUAAAAUUUGGCACGUGUUCUGUAACAUGAAGUUGUCUUUUAUUUAUAGCCAAUCAAAGGUGUGUUCUCAAAUACCUGGUGCACUCUGUAUACAGACGAGAGAAAAUAGAGAAGUACAAAUAAAAAUAAUUUCUACUCAAGUAUGAAGUUGUUAAAAAGAGAGAAGACAGCUGUUUCUGCUAACAAACCAACUAACCAACCAACUGGUCAACACACACACACACACACACACACACACACACACACACACACACACACACACACAUGUAAAAAGUCCACCUUAAGUCAUAAACUGGAUUAUAAAAAAUUCGAAAUUUUACCUCUUUAUUUACUUAAUAAAUAUAGAUCACAUGCUAAUGAAGAAGUCAUGCAGUCAUUUGACAAGCUAGAAAUAGCAGCCUAAUGUCCCUUGAGUCAAACCUGACAAGCUUAAACAAAGAAUUCAGAUAUUGUGGAUAAUGUAAUGCUAGAUAUACCUAAAAGUAACAGACCGGUCAUAAUUGGAAUG